AUGGAGGUAGCGUCUGCGCCCUCCCCUGAGAAGGAUGGAGAGGCAAGGUCUUUAAGGAAGGAUGAAGGGGCAAAUAGUUGUCGCCUCCUCACCUCCAUCGGUGGGACGGCAAGAGAGGCGGAUGCCGACGCUGCCACCGGUAUCGCCCUCUCCGACACAAGGGCGGAGACGACCACCACCAGUCGCCACCACGCGGGCAAGGAAGGGGCAGCCAUAACACCCCCACGCGCGCGCGGAAAGGAAAGGGAAGAGAAGGGGAAGAGAAAGGAGGGACGAAAGGGCUCCCCAUCCGCCGCAACUCAACCGGGAGUCGUCACGGAGCGAGAACUUCGCAAAAUAGAGGAUGAAUGGGAGAAGGAAGCGGUGGCAUGGAGGGCGGGCUCAUGUCACCAGUACGACGGGAGGCUCUCCCUCCCCGCCGCCAAGCCGAAAGGACGACGGAAACACAGUCGGGACCUCGAGCGGGAGGGACUCCGCUGGGGAAUGGGUCUGGAGGGGGGAAGUGGCGGCGGAGGCGGCUCGGGAGUACCCACAUUGGAAACUCACCUCGGAGGUCCGAAUGGCAAACCGGCUUCCGGACCGCCCCCAAAAGCUGCAAAACCUCCUCCGCUGAGGGAGGCGAGUAGAUUCUUCCUGGCCGGCCUGGGGGAGAUUAUCUCGUCUCAUCGCUCCCCCGAAAGGGCUGAGCGCCGGAAACAAGAAAAGAAGAAAAGAAGGGGGAAGGAGGAGGUUCACCUUGCGCACAGACGAUGGAUCAACCGGAUGCAGAACGGAUAA